AUGGCUUAUUCCGGUGAGAACAAAAUCGUCGCAACAAUGAUUCUUCAAGAUGAAACGAGAAGCAGAAAAUUCGGACAAGAGAUGAAGAGAGAGAAGAGAAGAGUGUUGGGUGUGAUUAACCAGAAUCUGAUUGGUGCAAGAGGUCAUCCUUGUCUUGUCAACAAGAGAGGAAGCUUAUCAAAGCAAGAAGUAGGAUGUCAAAAGAAGAAGCUUGAUUCUCUGCGACCCUCGCUUACAAGAUCUCAAGAUGAAGAGCCGUGGUGUGCAGAGGAGAGGAAGAAGCUGAAUCAAUCAGUUCCAAGUGGAAACGAUGUCGUUGACUGUAUACUCGUUGAUGAUGAGGAAGAAGUGACAUUCGACCAUCCGAUGCCAAUGUCGCUGGAGAAGCCAUACACUGAAGCUGAUCCAAUGGAGGAAGUUGAGAUGGAGGAUGUAAUAGUGGAAGAACCAAUCUUGGAUAUAGAUGUCUCUGAUGCGAAGAACACACUUGCAGCUGUUGAAUAUGUCAAAGAUCUCUACUCAUUCUAUCGCAAAAUGGAGAUGUUUAGUUGUGUUCCAGUAGAUUACAUGAUGCAACAAAUCGACUUAAACGAGAAGAUGAGAGCAAUACUAAUCGACUGGCUAAUCGAGGUGCAUGACAAGUUUGAUCUGAUGAAUGAGACACUGUUUCUCACAGUGAAUCUGAUAGAUAGAUUCUUGUCCAAGAAAGGUGUAAUGAGGAAGAAGCUUCAGCUUGUAGGGUUAGUGGCUUUGCUCUUAGCUUGCAAGUAUGAAGAGGUUUCGGUUCCUGUUGUCCAAGAUUUGGUUCUCAUUUCAGACAGAGCUUAUACAAAGAAUGAUGUUCUUGAGAUGGAGAAAACAAUGCUGGACACAUUGCAGUUCAAUGUCUCUCUGCCAACACAAUACCCUUUCUUGAAAAGAUUCCUCAAGGCAGCUCAAGCAGAGAAGAAGUGUGAGAUGUUGGCAUCGUUCUUGAUCGAGCUUGCGCUUGUGGAGUAUGAGAUGCUUCGGUUUCCACCAUCAUUACUAGCUGCAACAGCUGUGUACACUGCUCAAUGCACACUUGAUGGUUUCAGGCAAUGGAACAGUACUUGUCAACACCACUCUCAUUACUCUCAAGACCAGCUCAUGGAAUGUUCGAGGAAGAUGGUGAGUCUACAUGAGAAGGCUGCGACAGGGAAGUUGACAGGAGUGUAUAGGAAGUAUAACACAUUCAAAUUUGGGUACAUAGCAAAGUGUGAAGCUGCACACUUUCUUUUGUCUACUGAGUCUCAUCACCAUCCUUCAUUAACCCAAAAGGAUAUAAUAAGUAGUUUUGUACAGCUCUGUUGA